AUGCGAUUGCUCGUAUCACCAUCCUCAUCAAGCGCUUCUUCAUCCGGUUCCGAAUCUGAUAAUAGCGCACAAAUUCGUAUUGGUCGAAUCAAAAAGGCAUCAUAUGAACAACGUCAACGAUAUCAGCUCAUGAAUAGAUUACGAAAAAUGGUGCCUAAUGCCCGAACUGCUACAACACAACUUGAACUGUUGCAGUAUAUCAUCGAUUAUAUUUCUGAUUUACAGAAAAUUGUUGAUAACAAUGAUGAUGAUAUUGGUGAUAGAGGGAUAUCAGCUGCUGCACCACUCAAGCAAAACCCAACAAUCACUGAUUUAUCGCUUUUGUUUUCCAAGAUCAACACUGCAACCAAUACCACAUCUAUUACUACUGCAAAAUAUUCCACCAGAUAUGAAUUCCAUCAGCAGCAAUGUAAUCCAAGCAUUCAGAUUCUGAAAUAUGAUUCUGAAUCGGAGUAA